CUGAUGUAACAAACAACUUCGGGAUGAGUUUUUAUUUGAAAGCGCGGGGCAGUAUUGUGACGCGCGUGGGUGUCUGAGCGCGGGCCUGUCCGGUGCAGGGAGUGUGUGAGCGCGCGCUCUUAAGCAGGCGUGUUGCUGCAGGGAGUUCAGUAGUAGAUGAGUAGUGGAUCAGUAGUAGAUGAGUAGUGGAUCAGUAGUGGUUCAGUAGUGGUGUCAUCAGAGCUGCUCUGAUCUCAGGAAUAAUGGCUUCAGUCCUCACAUGUGCGAACUUUAUACUUCUCAUUGUUCACGGUGGAUUUUGCCACUCGGUUUUCAUUAAAGAUGGAGAGCAACCUCCGCUUAAGAUUUUCCACCACUCAUGCGCCCUUAAAAAGGAUGAAGGGCCCUGUAAAGCCGUGCUCGAUAGAUUUUACUUUGACACUGACACACGCCGCUGUGAGCGUUUUGAAUAUGGAGGCUGUCAGGGCAAUGAGAACAAUUUCGAGACGCUGGAGGAGUGUGAAGAUAUGUGUCUGGUAAAAGCCAAUAAAAGUCCAUGCCACCUGGAGGACGAGCCGGGUCCAUGUCGAGGCCUCGUACCACGCUACUUCUUCAACAGCAAGCUCAAUGAGUGCAAGCGCUUCUUUUAUGGUGGCUGUUUCGGAAAUGCCAACAACUUCCCGACCCUGAAGGAAUGCCAGGACAGAUGCCAGCCAGGUAAUGACACUAAGGAACAAAUGGACCCUCCCAAGCCUGAGAAGAAGAUAGUAGAAGCUGCAGAAGCGACUGUAAUUAAAACUGACACUCUCAUAAAGACGGAUGAAUACACAGAGCCACAGAUCCAGCUCAGACCCGAGUUAGACCCAGAGUUCACCCCUCCAGAUUUGUGUCUGAGUCCAGUCAAGAAGGGUCACUGCAACAGUGAACAUAAGAGAUUUUACUUCGACCCCAGUACUAAUCGCUGCAGUAUGUUCCUCUACAGUGGCUGUGGGGGAAACAAAAAUAGGUUUUCCUCAAAGAGGCGCUGCUUGAUGACCUGCACAAAAGAUGGGAGGAGGGACAAGCAAAUACGAAUAAAGACCAAGCUCUCCAACAUCUUGUUCCGGGCCAUCUAAACCACCAACCAACCAAAGUCCUGAGGUCAUCAAAACACUACUUAUUAAAUAUUUAAAUCAGUUAUACGUGUCACUGUACUAAUUAAUCAUUUGUGUUUCUUUUUAUGUGUAAUAUUCUUUGUGUUUUGCGUUUAUUAGUAGUUUAUUAGUAGUUUUAAAAUGUUUUUUUUUUCUCUGCUAACUGAAAUCUAAUGCUUGUAUAUUACUUCUGUAUCAGACCUCAUUUAAUACAGCAGUUUAUAAUAAAGUACUAUAUGUACACUAUAUGGUCAAAAGUAUUUGGACAUCAUGUGCUUGUUGGAAAUUCCAAAGUGAGAGGAUUUGUAUGGCUGGACACUGAUGUUGGUCAGAAAAGCCUCAGUUGACAUUCCAGUUCAUUCCAAAGCUGUUCAGUGGGACUGAGGACUCUAUGCAGGACACUGGAGUUUCUUUAAAUCAAGCUCUUUUUCAUGUCUUUUGAUGGCGUCUGGUCCUUCUGUCUAUAUAGUGUAUUUCAGAAGUAGUCAGUCAGCCAUGUCAUUUAAUCAGUUAUAUUUUCUAGAUUUUUUAUGGCUGCUAUAUUUAUACUUUAACUGAAUUUUAAAUGUGCUGGAGUUUAAAACAGCAAGAACAAAGCCAGUCCACUGGGCUGCUUCAUAUAUAUUACAGUUUUCCUCAUUCACAAUGUGUAUAUAUUUUUAUUAAAGUAACAAACUUGUAUCCUGA